CCUGAUUACACCAUCUGUUGCACGUGAUGUUUCCGGUCGGGUACAGGUAGGUCUCUAGCUGUCAAACUGGAGUUUUUACGUUCCUUAAGUAUUUGUUCUACAGAAGACAAUGGCAGAUGACAGAAGACCACUUGUCCCCAAUGAUGACCUGUCCUACAGUGAACAGGUAUACUCUCCCGCUGGAGCUGACCACAACUCCAGUCUCCCCGAUGUGUCGGAAGACGGCAGAGACAAUGAGACUCAGGUCAACUUUGAAAUCGCUCCCGGGCAGGUUCAUAUCCCCUCAACAUCAAGCUCAGGUUUCAGUUUUCGGAAGCUCUGGGCUUUCACCGGCCCUGGUUGGCUGAUGAGCAUCGCUUACCUCGACCCAGGAAAUAUCGAGUCUGAUCUGACAGCAGGAGCUAUAGCAAAAUACAAGCUCCUAUGGGUAUUGAUGUGGUCCACAGUCAUGGGACUGAUACUGCAACUUCUGGCUGCCAGACUUGGAUGUGUCACUGGCCUGCACCUGGCCCAGGUGUGUCGACAGAAGUACCCCCGCGGCCCGCGCCUGGCCCUGUGGAUCAUGAUGGAGAUCGCCAUCAUCGGCAGUGACAUCCAGGAGGUGGUGGGGUCCGCCAUCGCCAUGAACCUGCUGUCUGCUGGCAAAAUUCCAAUCUGGGCAGGAGUGAUUCUAACUGGAGCCGACACAUUUACAUUUCUCUUCUUGGAAAAUUAUGGUCUACGUAAACUUGAGGGUUUGUUCUGCACUCUCAUCACCAUUAUGGCCUUUUCCUUUGGUUAUAUGUAUUGUACCAUCCAGCCCAACCAGGGACAGAUCCUACAGGGCAUGUGGUUUCCAUGGUGCCAGAACUGUAACAAAGAGGCUAUUCAACAAGCUGUGGGGAUUGUUGGUGCCAUCAUCAUGCCUCACAACAUCUACCUGCACUCUGCACUAGUCCUGUCCAGAGAUAUUGACAGGAAAGACAAAGACAAGAUCAAAGAAGCCAACAUGUACAAUGCUGUUGAGUCAGCCAUUGCUUUGUUUGUGUCCUUCCUGAUCAACCUAUUUGUGACAGCUACGUUUGCCCACGCCUUCUCCGACACCAGUAAAUACCAGAACCCCAGCCUUAGUGCUGCAGGAAAAUGGAUCUUUGAGAAAUACGGUCUGGCUAUGAAGAUUAUCUGGGGAAUAGGCAUUCUGGCAGCAGGACAGAGCUCAACUAUGACGGGUACAUAUGCUGGACAGUUUGUAAUGGAGGGUUUUCUGGACAUUCACUGGGCUAAAUGGAAGAGAGUUCUUCUGACGCGUUCCAUUGCCAUGGGUCCGACCAUCGUGGUCGCUCUGUUCGCCCACCGUGAUCUGGACAUGUUGAACAACUGGCUCAAUGUUCUCAUGAGCAUCCAGCUGCCCUUCGCCCUCAUUCCCAUACUGCACUUCACCUCCAGUGAGAGCAUCAUGGGAGAAUUCAAGAACAGCAGGUUUACAAAGAUACUUGUAUGGUGUUUAGCCACUGUUAUUAUUGGUGUCAACUUCUACCUCGGAUUCACCUAUUUGGAGGGUGCUCUACCAAUCUGGGGCUAUGUUUUAGUUGGAAUAGCUGUUCUCAUCUAUGUGAUAUUUGUAUUCUACCUGGCUGUUGGCCUCAACAACUGGAACAAACUCAUUGAAAGGAUACGGACUAGAAGAUCAGGAGAAAGGGAGGAGAUUGUCGACAGUGUCAUCAACUGAGACACGUGUACAACUAUGUAGAGCACAAUGUAUUUUAUUAUUUGAGAGACUACUGACUGUGUACUGUUUCUCUGGAAUAACAUGCUGUCAAAACUGCCCAAAAAGACCACUCAGGGACUGAUAACAUAUUAUCUAUGUGGACAGGUGGUCACUAUAGACAGGAUUCCUUAAUAAGGCUUGUGUCAAUGGGGAAAUUUACCAGAGGGGCCACGGCAAAAGGUAGUCACAAUGGCCAGGUGCUCCUUGUGUAGAGUUGGUCACUUGUAUAGGUUAAAAUUUGAAUGUCUUGAUGUGAGAAUUGUUGUUCUGAUUUGACUUUUUUGGCCAGUUUUACUAUAAUACAGUUGUCAGUGAUAACAAUGGAACAAUUUAAGUUAGAUGGUAAUGGAAAAUUGUAUUGAUUUCUUUUCUGAAUGACUUAAUAUUAAUACAAAAGGCAAGUCUUGGUCAAAUUCUUAUGAUCUCUAGAGUUUUAAAAAAUUUUGGCAAAAAUCUACUAGUAGGAUGAGAUUAGAAUGUUUUGUAUCAAGGAUUAGAACAAAACGUAAAUUCAACAACAUUCUAUUAAGAGAUUUUAUAUCAGACUCUGCUUUCUAUAGGUUUGUUAUGACAAUAGAGGAAUUCCACGUAAACUAUAUAUUGACACUAUCAGGACCAGUAAGGUUAUGUUUAUGAAAGAUUGCAGUAUUUGAUGUGAUGUAGGGAGGAACAUAGCCCAUAGAAUUUAGUGAUUGGAAACAGAUUUUUCAAAUGUUUUUAUUAUUUUCACUUUCUUUAGAUUCACUUGAUUAACAGCCUUUAACACAUUAAAUCAGUAAAUCUGGCCACCUUUAAUGCGAUCUGAAUAUUUUCCUAUGACUUAACAAUGUAUGUAUUAUAUACACGACCUGACAAUGUAUUAUAUGAAAAUAUUGUAUCAUAAUGAUGAUUAUGAUAUAUGUACCU